AGGGCUGUUUAUCAUGGGUGCAAUGGUGAAUGUGGCAUUCCUUCGGCGAUUUGGCAAGCGAAGGAUCGCCCUAUUCUCGCACAUCCUAGCGGGUAUCUGUAUCCUUAGCAUCGGAAUGUAUGCCUCAUUCCUCCAAAGUUUGACACAAUACCCACUUCGCGUUUGGUUACCCCUUAUGCUCUGGUUCAUCAUAAAAUUCCUCCAUGGCUUCAGCAUCAUCACCUUACCGUGGCAGCUUGUUUGCGAGGUUUUCCCUCUUUCGGGCCGAGGUACAGCUACGGGCCUUGCAGCCGCUUGGACUCAUAUUGUGAUGUCCGUCUUGACUAAGACGUACCUGUACAUGGAGGCGUGGCUGGGAUUCAGUGGCGUGAUGUACCUUUACGGAGUAUGUACCAUGGCUGGGGUCGUCCAUCACUACUUUUACUUACCGGAGACGGAGGGGAAAACUUUGGAGCAGAUCGAGACGUAUUUCACCAAAAACCACGACAAGAGGGAGAAAUUCUCCGUUGGGAAGCUGCAACGGCAGCGGGCUCAAAGUGGAAGUCCAUUUUAAUUCAAGGAGGAAAAUGAGGGAGGGCGUGAAUUCGAUCGAAAAAUGAGAACAGGAAUCGAUCGACAUGAAUCGAUCGACACCGAUUCGAUCAACAAACCCGUGAAUCAAUCGACAAAAGUUGUGAGUCCAUCGACAAACGCGUGAAUCGAUCGACACACCCGUCAAUCGGUCGACAAAAGCCAUGAGUCAAUCGACAAAUCCGUUAAUCGAUCGACAAGUCCGUGAAUCGAUCGAAUUUUGCCGAUCGAAUCGGUGUCGAUUGUUUCACGUCGAUCGACUCAAUUCUUCUAUCCUUCACCAGGAUUAAAACCGAAUUUCACUCAUCAAUUUCUCACGUAACACGUUAC